AGGCACUGAAGCGAGGAACAGGCGACUGCGACAGCGCGCACUUCCGAGAGAGCCCUAGGCGCCACCUCAGCCCGCUGAGGCGCACAGGAGCCGGGCCCGGGAGGUCCGACGGCGCGACCAGCAUGUGGGACCCGCAGGAGUUUGAGCGCCACUGGCAGGCCGAGUUCCCCGGGGAGGAGGCUCCCGUCAUGAGGCUGGAGUCGGUGCCGGACAUGGAGCGCGAGCUCGAGCGUUGCAAACUCAACCUGAAGCGGCUGCAACAGGUGUUGGCUGAGGAGAAGUUCAAAGUCUGGUACCUGCAAGGGGCCCUGGCUGGAGAGAAGAUGGACCUGCGGGCUGGGCAGUCGGAGGGCGGGGACGGUGGAGGCAGCAGCAGCGGCCGCAGUAGCGGGGGAGCCUCGGUGGAGGAGCAGGAGCCAGCCGGGCCCGUGCGCGCGCAGCCACCGCGCGACGAGGGGGGCGCAGCGGGCUGCGACCCAGAUUCCCCAGACCCCCAGCACCCGGACCCGGAGGUGGCGACACCGGCCGAGCCAUCCCCCUACGCGUGCCUGGACCUUCCUGCCUGGCCCGGGGCGGUGGAAGGAGGGGGCGCCGUGCGCAGUCUGACCGCUGCCAUCCACCAGCAGCUGGUACAGCCCCGCCUGCUCUUCAGGCUCCGAGAGGACUGUUCGCCCCCCGGCCAGGAUGGCACCCGGUUCACCGCCUCGGGAGAGGAUAGGUCCUCUGGGACCCGUGCAGGGCGGGGCUCGGAGGACGGCGAACCGGACGCUUCGGGUGGAGAUGAUGGAGGCGACUGCAGUGACCACGACUUUGAGAUGGUGGAUUUGAAUGAGAAAUUUGUCCUCGGCCACCUACUUAUGGCCCCCUGCCGGCUUGGAACCCGCGAUGAGUCUGAGAAGCUGGCGCGACCGAGCAGCCCCCACCGCUGGAUGCACCUGAUCUCCGGAGGUUGGCGGCACCACCGGCGGCGGAGUCGAGACCUGGAUCAGCUGGAGGGGGAGGAUGAGCCCCCCAGGCGCGGGGCGAGGGAGCACCUCGCCCAGUGGGGGCGCAAGAGGUUCCUGCGCUUACCGGACCGGGAUUCGCCCAGUCACAGCUCGCCUGAGAGAGGCAGUGACUGCAGCCACAACAGCUCAGACCACGAAGACGGUUUCUCCGCAGACUUCAGCUACGGUGCGGAGGACUACGACGCAGAGGGGCAUGAGGAGCAGAAGGGGCCCCCCGAGGGCUCGGAGACCAUGCCAUACAUCGACGAGUCACCCACCAUGUCGCCCCAGCUCAGCGCCCGCAGCCAGGGUGGUGGGGACAGCAUCUCACCCACCCCACCCGAGGGGUUGGCACCUGGGGUGGAGGCAGGGAAGGGCCUGGAAAUGAGAAAACUAGUUCUCUCAGGAUUUCUAGCCAGUGAAGAGAUCUACAUUAACCAGCUGGAAGCCCUGUUGUUGCCCAUGAAACCCCUGAAGGCCACAGCCACCACCUCCCAGCCCGUGCUCACCAUCCAACAGAUUGAGACCAUCUUCUACAAGAUCCAGGACAUCUACGAGAUCCACAAAGAGUUCUACGACAGCCUCUGCCCCAAGGUGCAGCAAUGGGACAGCCAGGUCACCAUGGGCCAUCUUUUCCAGAAGCUGGCCAGCCAGCUUGGAGUGUACAAAGCAUUUGUGGAUAACUAUAAAGUCGCUCUGGAGACAGCUGAGAAGUGCAGCCAGUCCAACAACCAGUUCCAGAAGAUCUCUGAGGAACUCAAAGUGAAAGGACCCAAGGACUCCAAGGACAGCCAUACGUCAGUCACCAUGGAAGCUCUGCUGUACAAGCCUAUUGACCGAGUCACUCGAAGCACCCUGGUCCUGCACGAUCUGUUGAAGCACACGCCCGUGGACCACCCAGACUACCCACUACUUCAGGAUGCCCUCCGAAUCUCCCAGAAUUUCCUGUCCAGCAUUAAUGAGGACAUUGAUCCCCGCAGGACUGCAGUCACAACCCCCAAGGGCGAGACUCGGCAGCUGGUGAAGGAUGGCUUCUUGGUGGAAAUGUCUGAGAGCUCCCGGAAGCUGCGGCACGUUUUUCUCUUCACAGAUGUCCUACUGUGUGCCAAGCUGAAGAAGACCUCUGCAGGAAAGCACCAGCAGUAUGACUGUAAGUGGUACAUCCCCCUGGCUGACUUGGUGUUCCCAUCCCCUGAGGAGUCAGAGGCCAGCCCCCAGGUGCACCCCUUCCCAGACCAUGAGCUGGAGGACAUGAAAAUGAAGAUCUCUGCCCUCAAGAGUGAGAUCCAGAAGGAGAAAGCUAACAAAGGACAGAGCCGAGCCGUCGAGCGCCUCAAAAAGAAAAUGUUUGAAAAUGAGUUCUUGCUGCUGCUCAAUUCCCCUACGAUCCCGUUCCGGAUACACAAUCGGAAUGGAAAGAGUUACCUGUUUCUUCUGUCCUCUGACUAUGAGAGGUCGGAGUGGAGAGAGGCGAUUCAGAAGCUACAGAAGAAGGAUCUCCAGGCCUUUGUCCUGAGCUCUGUGGAGCUCCAGGUGCUCACGGGAUCCUGUUUCAAGCUUAGGACCGUGCACAACAUUCCUGUCACCAGCAAUAAGGAUGAUGACGAGUCUCCAGGACUGUACGGUUUCCUUCAUGUCAUCGUCCACUCUGCCAAGGGGUUUAAACAGUCAGCCAAUCUUUACUGUACUCUGGAGGUGGAUUCCUUUGGCUACUUUGUCAGCAAAGCCAAAACCAGGGUAUUCCGGGACACGACAGAGCCCAAGUGGGAUGAGGAGUUUGAGAUUGAGCUGGAGGGUUCCCAGUCCCUGAGGAUCCUGUGCUACGAGAAAUGCUAUGACAAGACCAAGGUCAACAAGGACAGCAACGAGAUUGUGGACAAGAUCAUGGGCAAGGGACAGAUCCAGCUGGAUCCACAGACUGUAGAAACCAAGAACUGGCAUACAGAUGUGAUUGAAAUGAAUGGGAUCAAAGUGGAAUUCUCCAUGAAAUUUACCAGCCGUGACAUGAGUUUGAAGAGGACUCCGUCCAAAAAGCAGACAGGUGUCUUCGGAGUGAAGAUCAGCGUGGUGACCAAGCGGGAGCGCUCCAAGGUGCCCUACAUCGUACGGCAGUGUAUAGAGGAGGUGGAGAAGAGGGGCAUUGAGGAGGUCGGCAUCUACAGGAUAUCGGGCGUGGCCACGGACAUCCAGGCCCUGAAGGCUGUCUUUGAUGCCAAUAACAAGGACAUCCUACUGAUGCUGAGUGACAUGGACAUCAACGCCAUCGCUGGUACCCUCAAGCUCUACUUUCGGGAACUGCCCGAGCCCCUCCUCACAGACCGACUUUACCCAGCCUUCAUGGAGGGCAUCGCCCUGUCAGACCCUGCUGCCAAGGAGAACUGCAUGAUGCACCUACUCCGCUCCCUGCCCGACCCCAACCUCAUCACCUUCCUUUUCCUGCUGGAACACUUGAAAAGGGUUGCCGAGAAGGAGCCCAUCAACAAGAUGUCGCUUCACAACCUGGCCACCGUGUUUGGCCCGACGUUACUGAGACCCUCAGAAGUGGAGAGCAAAGCACAUCUCACGUCGGCUGCAGACAUCUGGUCCCAUGAUGUCAUGGCCCAGGUUCAGGUUCUACUCUACUACCUGCAGCACCCCCCCAUUUCCUUCGCAGAACUGAAGCGGAAUACACUGUACUUCUCCACAGACGUUUAGCCUGGGGUGGGCAGCUGUGGGCGUGGCCAGAGCCAGCUCUGCAGCCAGGGCCCAAACACAGACUUGAAAGACUGCAACAGAACCCCACCCCCC